AUGUCGACGUCCUAUUCUUCUCUGUUUGCCUCCGGCUUGUUUGCCCCUCUCCCACAUGAUUACGCCCCUCCACUCGACCCCACCACACCGCGCCAGGCGUUCACACCUCUCCCAUCUUCCUUCUCCCUAACAGGCCUCAACGAAAGCUCUGAUGGCAGCGUCGUCCAAAGCUCUAUGCAGACCCACAUCGCACCACCCGCUGCAGAGGCGCCGCGCCCGAACAUGCGGCGGCGCAAGUCAUCCGUAUCCACGUCGAUCAACCCCUCUGCCGCCCUGAAGAGCAAGCCCGCCUCCGCGCGGCAGACGAUGCUCGUGUCGCGCGCGCGCUCGGGCAGUGUGCACGAUGCCCAUGCUCCUGGGCACGGGCAGACGCAGUCGGUGCCGCAUGUAGCUGGCGUGGGGCUGCCAUCGAGGGUCGGCUCAUCAGUGGGUGGUCAGCUGGCAAGAACGAGAAGUGGGAGUGUAGGCGGGCAUAUCGCUCGCCUCCGCCGCCUCCCGCGCAGAGCUGCGCCGCCCCUCCCUGCCCCGCCACCGAACGCGCCCCUGCCCGCACUCCCGCCAUCAUCCUCUCACGCACACACGUUCUCCACGUCCUCCACCGCAUCCGUGUCCACGCCCGACCAGCCAGCACCUUCCCUCGUCCUCCCGCUCCCGACGAUCGCAACACCGCCGAAGCGUCCCGCUCUCCGGCGCGCAUACACAGCAGAUUCGGUCUCGUCCCCGCUGCUCACGCCGUCUGCGUCUGAGCUCGCCGCGGAGAUGCAGGGCGAGUUUGAGUAUGGGUAUGGGUUCCCGAGCGUGCCGUCCACGCCGGGUCUGGGUGGGUACGAGCCUGCGGUGAGGGAGCGCGAGGGGCUGGGCACGGGUUUGGAGACGGGCGUGCAGAUGGACUACCCGAGCCCGGUUGAGGGUCCGGGGUAUUUUUUGGAGCCUGAAGCGUACGUGGGCCUGGCUGUCAUAUUCUUUGGUGCUUGUGGUCCUUCACCCUGA